AUGGACACCCAUCUGCUGGCGGACGCAUUUCGGCCUUAUACGAGGGUCACACGAUUGGCCCGGUCCAUUGCGACAAGGCUCUUCAGCCCCCGGUCGACGCCCAAACCCAGUCCCAAGUCCCUCCCCCCCCCGCGCGAUCUUUCCCCAAAAAUCCUGGCCCUGGACACACCUUCCCGGGACAGCUUCUAUAGCUGUCCCGAUCUGUCCUCGUUGCAGAUAUCUCAGGUCUCGGCUGCCGCAUACGGUCUCGAUCAACUCGAAAUUAGCACCAACCCCGAAGCCUCGCGCACACCCUCCCCAGACCCAGACCCAAACCCCUCCACGGCCCCGCGCAGCACCAAAAAACGGUCCAAAAGCCAGGCCGUCUCCCGAAAAGCUCGUGGCGUGAUCGGCAAGGUUCGCGCAUUCCAGAAGAUCGCUGCCGCCAAGAUGGCGCAUCCUGCCAUCAAGAUCGAUACCAACGUUCAGACGGGGAAACGUGGCUUGCCCGCUGAUGGCGAUGGUCUCGGGGUGCCUGGCGAACAGGGGAAUCCCCGGUUGGAUGCUGGGAAUACAGACGAUGUCCCGCCGUUCUUAUGCCAAUCAGUCUCGGAGAUUCACGACAAAUUUGAAGACCUCGAAUGGAUGCAGAGGACGCGACUGGCCGAGGCCAUGUUGUCCAACGAUCCUGCCCACCCAUUUGCACUCGAGGGCGACCCCAAAGUCAAGGCCCGGAAUCGAUAUGUCAAUGUACAGGCAUGGGCCAACUGCCGCAUCCAUCUGCGGGUGCCCGAGGGCAAGUGUGAUUUUAUCAACGCCUCACCGAUCAUAUUGAAGGACUCGGCCUCGCAGGAGGAGCGAACCUACAUUGCGACACAGGCUACCGUUGGCAAGUCUCGACUAACACUUUGUCUCCGUUGCCAGGGACCCAAGCUUGGCCAUCUCUCACACUUUUGGCAUAUGGUCUUCCAUGAAAGCAAAGAUGUGGCUGUCAUCGUCAUGUUGACCCAGACCUCUGAGGCUGGCCGAGAGAAAUGCGCACAAUACUUUCCUCUGGACACGGAGCAAGCUUCGAUGAUCCUCUCGGACGAGGAGUCGGAUCCGCCCGUAACCGAUGAAAGUAGUCAGGAAGAAACUCCUCAGUCUAUUGGCAAGGUCACCUUGUUGGAGUCAAUCUUCGAUGCCAAGUCACGCUCGGAGAUUCGCAAGCUCGAGUUAACCAUUGGUUCAGAGUCGAAGAUUGUGUGGCAUUUCCUCUUCGCCGGUUGGGCAGAUUAUUCCAAGCCCGAAGGCAGCGACCGCGAGGCGCUUCUGGAACUGAUCAAACAAUCAGCUUCCAAAUCCGGGGGGCCUGACAAUCCACGUGUGGUCCAUUGCAGUGCAGGCGUCGGCCGCACGGGAACUUUCAUCGCCUUGGACCAUCUCCUUCAGGAACUCGAAUCGGGCCAGUUGCUGCAGGUAGCCGAUCCCGAGAUCGACCCGGUCUUUGAAACGGUCAACCAGAUGCGUGAACAACGCAUGAUGAUGGUUUACAACGAGAUGCAAAUGCAAUUCAUCUACGAGGUGCUGCGUGAGCAAACGGAUAUCAAAUUGGGCAAGAUGCCGGGGCCGAACAACGAGUCGCCCAGGAGCCAAAUGGAUGAACCACGAUCCGCCAAGCUCCCCAAGUUGAGCGACCAGGCUGAUUAUUUGCCUGCAUCAAAGCCUGAAUUAGAGGCUGUCCCAGACCAAAUUGCAACUCCGACUGAAAUGCCCGAGCCCUCUGACCAUGAGUAA